AUGACGCAGCACAGCGUCGCUCGCGCGUACAGUAUCAUACAGGAAGCGCAAGAGCUACGGGACAAAGCGCGCAAGCUGAGCGAGAGGAACGCGGAAUUGGCCAAGGCACUGACCUUGACGAGACAGGAGCUUACAAAGGCUCGGACGGCACAGAACGCCGUGUUUUCCGAAAAAGUCCUAGAAUGGAUGGAGGCGAGGUGCAAGCCCAUUGAAGUACGACACACGGCUGUUCAGUGCAGCUUCGGAGAACCCGAGCGAGCGUCUGAGAAAUAUAGGCAGGAAGAGCCGGACUCGGCAUUUUCACCUUCGCGUCGAGUCGAUGGUGCCAUGACUGUUCAUGCGCGUUCGCGAAGGACGUCGCCUGCUGUAAAUUUUGUAACGUGUGAAGUAGGACCUAUGGGGUGCAAACAGGACGAGGACACCAUCUCGCUGGUCCUGCAUUCCAACCGGGAAUGCCGGGCCAACAAGAACCGCGACGGCUCGAUUGAAUGUGAAGCUAUAGACGACUGUACAAAGCUCAAGAAAGCUGCAGAGCCUUCUACAUGCUUGAACAACAGCACUGCAAGAGAUCGCGUUGAGAGUCUAGCCAGGCAACAUCAGCAGACGUUUUCGUCUCCGGUGACCUCCUGUUCCAGCUCGAGGCGAACCAAAGUUGCUCGAACCAAGCGAUUGCGUCAGAGAGGCACCACCGUGUCGUACGUCGAGCCCAAGUUGAAUACAAAGCUACGUCGGGGCGACUACUACGGUCUAGGCAAGCAGACAAUGCAGUCGAACAAACAUCGCCGCAGGUCGAAACACUGUGCAGGAGCCGACCCUCGUUGCACGGGCGCAGCCUCAAGGUCGAAUUCCUUCACUCAGCACUUCAGCCCCUUUCACAGACGCCGAGCCAUGAGGUCGGUCACGCGCGGCGUCUCGUAUGCAGAGCCGAAGCUCAAUACGAAGCUGCGCCGGGGCGACAAAUUCACCUUCACGACUUGA